CGUGGAUUCGGCCGCCGUGAUCGACGUUCCGAUGGAAUCCUCGACCAUGACGUUGACGACUGUGAUCGCAAAUAUAUUCGGAGACGUCGGGGAAGGUCAGUACUGGAUGAGCAGAGAUAUAAUUGUGACCUUUCUUUGAGGUCGUACCCAAUAUCUCGCUUAAGAACUAAGUCUGAUCGACUCGUGGUGUGGUCCCAACGCAAGGGAUCCCACUACCAGUCACACACCGUGCAAUAACACCAAUCACAAAUAUAUCCACCUUAUAUCACAUAUCACACUGAUCGCACUGAUCACACUCAUCACACAGCUUUGAGCUCACCUCUCGGUAUUCUCGGUAUUCCACUCAUCAUGUCCGGGUUAGACAUCCCAGGCAAAGUGGCGGUCGUCGUUAUUGGUCUGGUUUCAGCCUGGCUGAUCCAGAGAGCUGUCACUGGCCUGUCCAAUCUGUUUUGCCACCCACUCGCUGCCUUUCCAGGCCCAAAGGCUGCAGCCUUUACAGCCUGGUACAAGACAUAUCAGGAGCUUUAUCUUGGCAGAUCUUGGAUUGAUGUGCUCCAGGAGUUGCAUACCAAGUAUGGCAAAAUCGUUCGUGUUGGUCCCAACGAGCUCCACUUCUCAGAUCCAGCCGCAUAUAGUGAGAUAUACAGCAAUAAUAAUCGAUGGAAUAAGGAGGCGGACCUCUAUCAUAGCUUUGGGGAGGACCGCUCGUCGUUUGGAUUUCUGACAUAUGCGGAAUCCAAACAGCGGAAGGAUAUCAUGGCCCCCCUGUUCUCACGUCGAGCUAUCUGUGAACUCCAGGGCCUGGUGCAGGGCAAUGUUGACCGAUUAUGCAAAAUCCUCGCUAUUAACAACGCAGCUGGGAAAUCGUCCGAUCUUUUCUUUGGGCUCCGGUGUUUCACUAUGGAUACCAUCACCUACUUCUGCUUUGCAAAGUCUGUAGAUGCCCUCGCUGAACCAGACUUCAAGGCCCCUAUUAUUGAAGCCAUGGAGGCGUCCCUGCCCGCAUUCGUCGUGUUUAAGCACUUUAGCCUUAUCCGUAAAGCAGUAUUUGGUAUGCCACCAUGGCUUAGCGUUCUCACCAGCCCACAGACUGCGGGGUUAAUACACCUCCAGCAACUGCUUGGUGCACAGGUGAAUGAGGUUGUGAAAAAUCCCGAGGCCUUAAAAGAUUCACCACAUCGGAUUAUUUACCAUGAGCUGCUCAGUACCAAAGCCAGCAAGGGGGAACCGCUUCCGUCUGCAGGUAGCCUGUACGAAGAGGCCCAGGCGUUGAUGUUUGGUGGUGCUGACACGACUGGUAACGCUCUCAUGCUAGGGACAUUCCACUUGCUCGGAUCCCCUGGUUACGUAGACAGGUUGAAGGAAGAGUUGUACAGCGCCUGGCCGGUUCUUGACGAACCGCCCAAAUUGGAGGAAUUGGAGAAGUUGCCAUUCCUGACCGCUGUGAUCAAAGAAUCCCUCCGUAUCAGCCCCGGCGUCGCCUCUCCCUUACUCCGCGUGGUUCCUGCCACUGGCGCAACCGUCACAGGUGCCUACAUUCCUCCAAAUACCAUUGUGGGCAUGAGCGGUACUUUCGUCCACAGUUCCAAAGCAAUCUUCAAGAACCCCGAAACCUUUGAUCCCGAGCGUUGGCUCAAAAAGGAUUCGGCAUCUCUCGAGAAGUGGCUCGUUGCGUUCUCCAAGGGACCGAGGAUGUGCAUGGGACAGAAUCUUGCAAACUGUGAAAUGUACCUCGUAUUUGCCGCUCUCUUUCGACGCUUUGAUCUGGAGCUAGAUGGGACCAGCGUCGAUGAUCUGACCUGGAGGGAAUGCUUCUUGCCACACUUUCAGGGACGGCAUUUACAAGCUUUCUGCCGGCCCGUUGCGAACUAAACGUCUUCCUUGCGCCAAAUCCCAUCUAACGAUAUAGGGUGUGCGAGACGAGGGAACGUACAACACCAACCUCUCUACGCCACCUUCAUUUCGCCUUCGACCCAAAAGUUGUUUUUGAUCAGCACUUUGAUUUUAAUCUGCAAUUCAAGCGAGCGAGCACAGCGGUCCCACUCACGAGUUAUGGCCUCUGACGAAAAGUUAUACCCCAUUGUGGCAUUUCUCCACAUAACAUCUUGGAUAGAUGAGGAGACCACAAUAUUUAUGAUAGGAUAAACAACGAGAAUUCUCAUGUCACCGUUUGCUUAUUGUUCCCGUUUCUCUCCCGUGCAGGCUCCACCCAGAUUUCAGCUCGCACGAAUCACAAUAAGAACGACAUCACACCGGGUCGUGCAACGACGACACAGUAUCGUAUGAAUACGUACACGGCUCAUGCCUCUUGAUAAAUCUAAAAUUUUCAAUAUGUCUACAGCGCCUGG